AUGCCUUUCAAAGGGUUCAGUUCACUGAAGGAAAGAUUUUUUAACCCAGGAAAGGAAGAGGUGAAGAACACCAUUAGUGACUCGCUGGGGAAUCUGCGAAGGAAAAUUGAUGGCACCAACAUGGAGGAGGAUCACAUUGAGCUGACAGAAGAAGGGCGGCCUGUGCAGGCCAGCGCCCGCAGGCCAGCCCUGUGUAACUGCUACUGCUGUGGACUGCCCAAGCGCUACAUCAUUGCCAUCAUGAGCGGCCUGGGCUUUUGCAUUUCCUUUGGGAUUAGGUGCAACCUGGGUGUUGCCAUCGUGGAAAUGGUGAACAAUAGCACUGUUUAUGUCAAUGGCAAACCAGAGCUGCAGAAAGCCCAAUUCAAUUGGGAUCCAGAGACAGUGGGACUCAUACAUGGCUCUUUUUUCUGGGGUUACAUUGUGACACAAAUUCCAGGAGGGUUCAUCUCAAACAAAUUGGCUGCUAACAGGGUAUUCGGAGCAGCUAUUUUUCUAACAUCUACACUGAACAUGUUCAUCCCUUCUGCAGCAAGAGUGCAUUAUGGCUGUGUGAUGUUUGUAAGAAUUCUGCAAGGUCUGGUGGAGGGUGUCACCUACCCAGCCUGCCAUGGGAUGUGGAGUAAGUGGGCUCCUCCACUGGAGAGAAGCAGGUUGGCAACCACAUCAUUCUGUGGGUCUUAUGCAGGUGCAGUGGUCGCCAUGCCAUUGGCAGGUGUGCUAGUACAGUAUAUAGGAUGGUCAUCAGUCUUUUAUAUUUAUGGAAUGUUUGGGAUAGUUUGGUACUUGUUCUGGCUGCUUCAUGCCUAUGAGAGCCCUGCUGCACAUCCAACAAUAACCAGUGAAGAAAGAACAUAUAUAGAAACAAGUAUUGGAGAAGGAGCUAACCUAGCUAGUGCAAAUAAAUUUAGUACUCCCUGGAAAAGAUUUUUCACUUCAAUGCCAGUUUAUGCAAUCAUUGUGGCGAACUUUUGCAGAAGCUGGACCUUUUAUUUGCUCCUUAUAAGUCAGCCUGCUUACUUUGAAGAGGUCUUUGGAUUUGCAAUAAGCAAGGUUGGCCUUUUGUCUGCAGUUCCCCACAUGGUCAUGACAAUCAUCGUACCCAUUGGAGGGCAGCUAGCUGACUUCUUACGGAGCAGGAAGAUUUUAACCACUACCACUGUAAGGAAGGUCAUGAAUUGUGGAGGCUUUGGAAUGGAAGCAACCUUGCUUUUGGUGGUUGGCUAUUCUCAUACAAAAGGUGUGGCUAUUUCCUUUCUGGUUUUAGCAGUAGGUUUCAGUGGCUUUGCAAUUUCAGGAUUCAACGUGAAUCACUUGGACAUAGCCCCGCGUUAUGCCAGCAUUCUGAUGGGGAUCUCCAAUGGUGUGGGGACGCUGUCAGGCAUGGUGUGCCCACUCAUUGUUGGUGCAAUGACAAAACAUAAGACCCGUGAAGAAUGGCAAAACGUCUUUCUGAUUGCAGCCUUGGUGCAUUACAGUGGAGUGAUAUUCUAUGCUAUCUUUGCUUCUGGGGAGAAGCAGGAAUGGGCUGACCCUGAAAAUCUCAAUGAAGAGAAAUGUGGCAUAAUUGAUCAAGAUGAACUGGCUGAAGAAACUGAGAUGAACAAUGAAACUUUUGUAAGUCCAAAGAAAAUGUAUGGUGCUACCAGUCAAAACAGUGAAGUACAGAGAAGUGAAUGGAGAAAACAAAAGCAAAUAACUCAAGACAUGGAAAAACAGACUUCUUACCAUUAUGAAAAUGGAAAAUUUCAAGAUUUGUCAUAGUACUUGAAAUUGUAAGGUUUGUACAGCAGCUAGUCCCAUCUCCCCUUCUGGCUAGCUGCCCCAAAUCAUCUGGUAUCCAUAUUUAUUUUCUUAUUCAACUGUGUAAAAUUGGCCUUGUGGCCAGACACAAGGAGUCGUAAUUCCCUUCUAGCAGUGUGGAAGAUAUCUAACAGUGGCACUGAGAGAAGUGACACUAGGUCUUCACUCUGCCACUGGAUCCCUUUGGGAGAAGCUCCUGUGCCUGACAGGAGAUGAACAGCCCUGGUAAAGAUCCUGCCUGGUGGAAGCCUAUGACUGUGGGAGCAAUGAGUGCCCUCACCUUCUCAUCUGAACAGAGAAAGGACAAUGUCAUAUGAAAUGGUGGAUCCACAGUGAUAUAUGUGGUUACUGGGGCUCUAGCAGUGUGAGAGUUUGCCCUGAGGGACCCUGUUUUGCCUUUUUAGGAUUCUUGUAGGUUGGCAUUUGAGCUGCUUAACCCAUGUCAAACUGCAAGCUCAUGCCAAAAGAUCAAAGUGGAGGAAAAAAAAGAUUUAUGACAUGAGGCUCUAAUUAAUUACUAAUAGUCGCUCAACAACAGGAAGAGGAACAUAUAGCAAAGAUGGCACAGUAUUGCUUCAACAGUUCCUUUAAAUUGAUCAUCAGCCUGCUUUAUAUGGAUAGUCCACAGGGUCUGGAUAAGGAGAUAAAAUGGAUACUUUUGAGAUUUGUCCCCCUCUAAAGAUUUUGUGCCGGCAUGAAAUAAUUUUGAAUACAAAAUCAUCAUUAGUGAUGCGAUAUUAUUAAUCCUUAUGAAAGGAAAUCAUCAUCCUGCUGGGAUUAGGUUUCUCACUCAAUUCAUUAUUGUGAAGUAAUUUAAAUAUAUUUUUCUAGUAUUAUAAUGAUAGAGUUCCUGAUGUCAACCCCAACAAUCUUUAUUUAGGCAAAUGAGCUUACGCAAGUAAAGCCUUUAGUUCUGGAUCUAUAACUUUUUCUUCAUCUAUGCCACAGUCUCACUGUUGCUACAAAUGAAGCACUGUACCAUCUAAGAGUUAACAGAAUAUCUGUGUCUAAAAGUAAUUUUAUUUUGCUAUAGGUAUAUGGUUUAUAAUAUAAAGUGGCUUUAGCAUUUUCCUACACAUUUUAGAAUCAACCAGUGGAGCAUGCUGUGUCAUCACAAACAGUUAGCUGCAACUCAGAGACCCAUUGUGGCAUUACUAUUCAUUUCGGAAUGGAGAAUUUCAGUAAGAUAUUAUUUAAAUUGUCUUACAUUAUUAUUGUUGCCUCAUUAAAUCAAGUGAAAGCAAUUCU